AUGGCGGGUCUAAUUGGUGGAUUGGUUGCAGCAUGCCCAGGCGUACCGUAUGGGAUGCUGUAUACCAAAAUGUUGGAAAGAGAAAAAAUGAAGGCGCUAAUCCUAAACGAUCAAAACUUUGAUCGAAGGAUGAUCAUUCAUUCAUAUGUAAAGAAAGAUCUGGAGUGGUGGCUGAAGAAUAUUCCAGUAGCAAAGAAUCCGAUUAGGUCAUUAAAUUAUAGGUUAGAGAUUUUCUCGGAUGCAUCGCUCACAGGGUGGGGUGCGCACUGCAACGGAGAAAAUACUCACGGAUUUUGGUCUCAGGAGGAGAAGAGGUUACAUAUAAACCAGCUGGAGAUUAUAGCAGCGUUUUUGGCGCUUAAGUGCUUUGCUAGGGAAGUCCAAAAUUGCGAAAUUUUACAUAGAAUUGACAAUACUACGGCGAUUUCGUAUAUCAAUCGUAUGGGGGGUGUACAAUACGUAGAACUCAAUCAAAGGGCUAAAGAUAUUUGGACUUGGUGUGAGAAAAGAAGAAUCUGGAUCUUUGCUUCCUACAUCCCCUCGCGGGAAAACACAGACGCAGACAGGGAAUCUAGAAGAGUCAAUGUAGAUACUGAAUGGGAAUUAGGAGCCCCCUUCUUUCAGACCAUAGUAGAAAGGUGGGGGUUUCCAGAAAUAGACUUGUUCGCAUCAAGGAGUAAUGCUAAAACCGAGGUGUUCUGCUCCUGGAAACGAGACCCAGAAGCUCGGUACAUUGACGCUUUUACAGUUAAUUGGAGUAAAUACCUUUUUUAUGCAUUCCCUCCCUUCGCGAUGGUUGCUAAGGUCUCUAAUUCACCCGUUAGCGGAUCAUCUUUCCCUGGUUGCUGGGAGGCUCUCCGGCGAUCGUAUCAACAGAAACUAGUGCCAGCAGAAGCAGUAGAGAUUCUAAUCUCUUCACUAACGGAUUCUACUCUGAAACAAUACAACACAGCCCUUAAAAACUGGUGGAGUUACUGCCAGAGUGAAAAGAGAGACCCCCUACAACCAGAUAUUUACCUAGUUUUAAAAUACUUAACAUUUAGAUUCAAUCACGAGGCAUCAUACGGCACACUUAAUUCAGAGAGAUCAGCGAUUAAUCUGAUAAGCACGAUAGACUUGGGUAGUGAUCCUGCAAUUAGUCGUUUUUUUAAGGGAGUCUUUAAAAACAGACCACCGAAGCCUAAAUAUGACACCACCUGGAACACAGAGGCAGUUCUAAACUGGGCAGAAGCACUGGGACCGUUGAAAGUCCUGGACCUAAAAUCUCUCACCUUUAAGUUGGUAUCUUUAUUAGCCUUAGCUACAGCCCAUAGGGUUCAGACAAUGUCCCUAAUCAAAAUAAGUGACAUGACAAUUUCGAAGAGCAAUGUUAUCAUAAAGAUAUCGGAGCAAAUUAAAACAUCUAGAGUCGGAGUUGCACAACCCUCGUUCAGUCUACCAUUUUUUAAAGAGCGAAAGGGCGCUUGCGUCGCCAGGGUGUUGUUGAAAUACAUAAAAACAACCAAAGUUCUAAGAGGGAAGGAAGACUACCUGUUCAUUACAUUUAAGAGGCCCUACCAUAGGGCAACUGCGCAAUCAAUAAGCCUCUGGAUAAGGUGCUGUCUCGUGGAAGCCGGAAUAGAUCCCAAAUACACUGCUCACAGCACGAGACACGCGCCACGUCUCCUGCAGAGGCGAGAGGUUUAG